GGGGGGGUGAAGGAAGGAAGAUUGGGAAGAGAGGCAGGCAAAAUCACAGCGAAUUAAAAGAAAGAAGGCAGAGUGGGACCCACUGCCAAAAGAAAGGGAGUGUGGAUAAGACAGAAGUGGAGCAAAAACAAUACUAACAGGGGGAGGUAGAGAGAAAGGAAGAUAAAAGACUGGUGUUACUAGAUCUCUUUUGUUGGAAGUAUGGGGAUUGGGGAAGGAGAACAGUGGGAUUUGUAACACACGGCACAUGAGCAGAGCAUGCAGCCAGCAGUUUCCUUCUGCUGUGUCAGUCUGACUGCUGCUCACAUCUGCAGCACUGCUUGCUCAGGGAAUCUGGAACAUUAGUUUUGGCUACACACUGACUACAACAAUUUUUUUGCUAGAGGAGGUGAAGGCUUGGGAACAAAAGAAAAUCAGAUCACGUUGCUAUUUGCAAAGCAAAGGAGCCAACUAAUUGUCUUCUUCCCAGGUGACAAUGUUGCUUUGGGGUUCUUUCUGCUGCUGUAUUUCUCUGGUCUGCAGCUGGACAACCUAUUCUCACCAGCUCCCGUCUUACAGGAGUUCUUCUUCCCAGAUUGUACAGUUCACAGACAGCAGGAAACAGCAGUCCUCAGAGACUACAGAGAACAAAGUAGAGAAACUUGGUCAGUAUUUCAAAAAGAACAUUAGGAGAUUAAGGGAGAAAAGUCUGAGUCUGGAUCUAGUCUUCUUGGUGGAUGAGUCUUCUAGUGUGGGACAUUCCAACUUUGUCAAUGAGCUCAGGUUUGUGAAGAAGCUUCUCUCUGACUUUCCAGUGGUUCCCUCUGCUACUAGAGUUGCAAUCAUCACUUUUUCUUCCAAGACCAAUGUUCAGACCAGAGUGGAUUACAUCUCCUCCAGCGAGCCCCACCAGCACAAGUGCUCUUUGCUCAACAGAGAGAUCCCAGCCAUCACCUACAAAGGAGGGGGGACCUUCACCAAAGGAGCAUUCCAGCAAGCUGCGCAAAUCCUUAGGUACUCCCGGAGUAAUUCUACAAAGGUGAUAUUUCUUAUAACUGAUGGCUAUUCAAAUGGCGGUGACCCGAGACCAAUUGCUGCAAAUCUGCGGGACCUGGGAGUGGAGAUCUUCACUGUUGGCAUAUGGCAGGGCAAUAUCCGAGAGCUCCAUGACAUGGCGUCUCACCCUAAGGAAGAACAUUGUUACUUGCUCCAUAGUUUUGCAGAGUUUGAAGCUUUAGCUCGACGGGCUCUGCAUGAAGAUCUGCCAUCUGGGAGUUACAUUCAGGAAGAUAUUUCUCAUUGCUCCUAUCUGUGUGAAGCUGGAAAAGAUUGUUGUGAUGUCAUGGCAAGCUGUAAGUGUGGCACUCACACUGGGCAAUAUGAAUGUAUAUGUGAGAAGGGAUAUUAUGGAAAAGGACUUCAGCAUGAAUGCACAGCUUGCCCGCCAGGAACAUACAAGCCUGAAGGUACUCCAGGGGGAGCCAGCACAUGCAUCACCUGCCCUGAUCCAAACCAUACCUCCCCACCAGGAAGCACAUCAGUAGAUGAUUGUGUUUGCAAGCAAGGAUAUGAAGUUGAAGGGAGUGUAUGCAAAGUUGUCCACUGCCCUGAGUUACGGCCCCCUGAGAAUGGCUAUUUUGUCCAGAACAUCUGUAACAAUCAUUUUGAUGCUGCCUGUGGAAUCCGAUGUAAAACUGGGUAUGACUUGGUUGGAAGCAACAUUCGCCUUUGCCAGCCAAAUGGUCUUUGGACGGGCUCAGAUGCCACCUGCAGAGUCCGAACAUGUCCAAAACUUCAUACUCUUGAACAUGGCAGGAUGAACUGCUCCUCAAGUGAUACAUCUUAUGGAACAAUGUGCAUUGCAUACUGUAAUGAUGGAUAUGUGCUGGAAGGAAGCUCCAAACUCUUGUGCCUCGGAAGCUCCCAAUGGGAUUCAAAAGUGCCUCAAUGUAAAGAAAUGCACUGUCCUGUCUUCCACAAACCAAAUGGAGUUCUGUCAUCACCAUCAAACUGUGGACAAGAGCCAGCCAAGUAUGGUUACUCCUGCCACGUUGGCUGCAACAAAGGAUUUAUGUUAUCUGGAGUCAAGGAUAAAAUAAAGUGCGUUGCCAACGGAAAAUGGAGUGAUGAUAUCCAAAAGGCUAUGUGUAAAGAUACCGAGCCUCCUAAAAUCAUCUGUCCAGAGGAUAUACAUGUUGAGAAUGCGGAGCACCAAAAUUCAGCACUUAUAAACUGGAAAGUUCCAGAGGCAGUAGAUAAUUCUGGGGAAGAGGUAUCAAUUCAGGUCAGUCCAGCUUUUCUACCCCCGUAUGUUUUUCCUAUUGGAGAGGUCUCAGUUACAUAUACUGCAACUGAUGUAUCUGGCAAUGAAGCAAGUUGUACCUUUAACAUCAGGGUUAUUGAUGUAGACCCUCCUGUCAUUGACAGAUGCAGGUCUCCUCCUACCAUCCAAGUGACUGGCAAUGAGAAGUUUCAAAGCGCAUCCUGGGAGGAGCCACAGUUCUCUGACAAUUCAGGUUUACCUUUAAUUAUUACCCAAACUCAUUCGCCCGGAGACCUUUUCCCCGUUGGAAGAACUGUAGUGCAGUAUACGGCUAUAGAUCCAUCUGGCAAUAAAAAGACAUGUGAUAUUUACAUCACCAUCAAAGGCUCACCGUGUGAGAUUCCAUUUACUCCACAAAAUGGCGAAUUGGCUUGUUUAAAAGAUGUCGAAGGUGUCAACUGCACAUUAGUCUGCAAAGAGGGCUACGCCCUAGCAGAAGGAUCGACUCAGAACCUGUAUUGUGCCUUUAGGGAUGGACUUUGGAAGCCACCAAAACGAGCUGACUGGCCUGAUUGUUCUUUAAACCGGUUUGCUAAUCAUGGAUUUAAAUCAUUUGAGAUGCUGUAUAAAGCAACGAGGUGUGAUGACAACAGUCUUCUAAAGAAUUUUGCUGAUGCUUUCCAGAGUUCACUUGGUAAAAUGGUUCCGUCAUUUUGUACCGAUGCUGAUGACAUUGAGUGCCGCCUUGAGGAUCAGUACCAAAGACAAUGCCUUGAAUAUAACUAUGAUUAUGAAAAUGGAUUUGCUAUAGGCCCUGCAGGAUGGGGUGCUGCCAACAAGCUUGAUUAUUCCUACGAUGAAGAUUUCUUUGAUGCAACUGAGACGGAAGAUGCUGAAAAGCCUCUGUCUGAUUCCCCUCACACAGCGCCACUGCGAGUGAAGAGGCACCGGAGACUUAAUGCUGGGGCGGCAGAUCAGAAAGUAAAAUUUAUUUUUAAUAUUACAGCAAGUGUACCAUUGCCAAAGCAAAGGAAUGACACCCUGGAACAAGAAAAUCAGCAACGGCUCCUUUUGACAUUAGAAACCUUGACAAACCGACUGAAAAGAAUCCUUAGAAAGGAACCUCUCCACUCUUUCCACUUUUCCUCAGAGAUGAUUAUUGCCGACAGUAACUCUCUGGAAGAUGGAAAAGCCUUUCUGUUUUGCAGACCAGGCUCUGUGUUAAAAGGACGCAUGUGCGUAAAUUGUCCUAAAGGCACCUAUUAUUCCUUGGAACAUCGUGCAUGUGAAAGCUGCUGGACUGGAUCGUAUCAGGAUGAGGAAGGUCAGAUGGACUGUAAGAGUUGCCCUGCAGGCACAUACACAGAAUAUCUCCACUCCAAGAGAAUUUCUGAAUGUAAAGCUCAGUGCAAGCCUGGAACCUAUUCAUCAAAUGGUCUGGAAACCUGUGAGUCUUGCCCCCAUGGCACUUACCAACCAGUGUUUGGAUCAAAGGCUUGUGAAGUAUGUCCAAAUGGCAUGUCAACAGUUAAAAGAGGAUCGGUGGAUAAAUCAGAAUGUGGAGUUCCAUGCCAUGCUGGUGAAUUCUCUCGCACUGGGUUAGUGCCUUGCUAUCCUUGUCCCAGGGACUAUUACCAACCUGAACCAGGAAAAUCAUACUGCCUGUCCUGUCCUUUCUAUGGAACAACGACUAUAAGUGGAGCAAGGUCAAUAGCAGAUUGUUCAAGUUUUGGCUCCAGCUUCUCAGCAGCAGAGGAAAGUGUAAUGAUUCCCAUUUCUCCAGAAAAUGUCAACAGCAAAUACAAAGUCAGCAGUCAGGUCUUCAAUGAGUGCUUAUUAAACCCAUGCCAGAAUAGUGGAACUUGCACACAGAUUGGAAGCGGAUAUAUUUGCUCUUGCAUUAAAGGCUACACAGGAGCAAAAUGUGAAAAUGAAAUCAAUGAAUGCAGCUCAAUACCGUGUCGAAACAAUGGCAUCUGCAUUGAUCGCGUUGGGGAGUUCGACUGCCAGUGUCUGUCUGGUUUUUCAGGUACGCUAUGUGAGGAGAACAUCAAUGAAUGCAGCUCCAAUCCUUGCCUAAAUGAGGCAAUCUGCAUUGAUGGCAUUAAUGCAUUUUACUGCAGAUGUGCCAAUGGGUUUCUAGGUCCACGAUGUGAAAUAGAAAUCGAUGAGUGCUUGUCCAGGCCUUGUUUAAACAACGGGGUGUGUGAUGAUCUGAAAGCUGGCUUCCAGUGCUUGUGUCCAGCAGGUUAUACUGGAAAAGUCUGCGAGAAAGACAUUGAUGAAUGCCUUAGUGGGCCUUGCAAGAAUGGAGCUUCGUGUACUGAUGGCAUCAACAGCUUCAGGUGUCAAUGUCCAGAGGGCUUUACUGGGCAGGUCUGUGAAAUCAAUGUGGAUGAUUGUGUAUCUAAUCCAUGCCUAAACAAUGCCACCUGUGUUGAUGGCUUGAAUUCUUACAUUUGUAAAUGCCAGCCUGGAUAUUCUGGAAUCAGGUGUGAAACAGAACAGCCGUUUGGAUUCAACUUGGAUUUUGAAGUCUCAGGUAUAUAUGGAUAUGUCUUGCUUGAUAAUGUCAUGCCAACGCUCAGCGCCAUUACCUGUGCCUUCUGGAUGAGGUCUUCGGAUACUACCAACUAUGGAACACCAAUAUCAUAUGCACUUGACAACGGCAGUGACAAUGCAUUCCUGCUCACUGAUUACAAUGGGUGGGUACUCUAUAUCAAUGGAAAGGAAAAAAUAACUGAUUGCCCUUCUGUGAAUGAUGCAAAAUGGCAUCACAUUGCAGUUACUUGGACAAAUACUGAUGGGUCAUGGAAAGUGUACAUUGAUGGCAAACAAUCUGAUGGUGGAAAAGGAUUGUCUGUAGGAGAAAGUAUACCUGGUGGUGGUGCCUUAGUCCUUGCACAAGAACAGGACCAGCGAGGAGAAGGAUUUAAUCCAGCAGAAUCUUUUGUGGGAUCCCUCAGUCAACUUAAUAUAUGGGAUCACCCACUUACACCAGCUCAGAUAAAAUCCUUAGCUAUUUCAUGCCCAGUUGAACUUCAGAAGGGAAAUGUACUGGCCUGGGCUGAUUUCCUACCUGGUGUCGUUGGGAGAGUGAAGGUGGAUCAUAAAAGCAAGUUCUGUGCAGACUGCCCUGCUUUAGAGGGAACAUCACCUCACUUGCAUGCAACCAAGAGUGACCACAAACCCGGUUCAAAGAUUAGCCUUUUCUGCAACCCCGGCUUUCAGAUUGUGGGCAAACCUGAACGACAGUGUCUUAACCUUGGAGAGUGGGACCAGCCACUUCCACAUUGUGAACGGAUCAGUUGUGGAAAACCGCCUCGUCUGGAAAAUGGCUUUUAUAAUGCUGAAGACUUGUUUGCUGGCAGUACAGUAACGUACCAGUGUAAUAUUGGUUACUACUUGUUAGGAGACUCAAGAAUGUUCUGUACAGACAAUGGUAGCUGGAAUGGGAUCUCUCCAUCGUGCCUAGAUGUUGAUGAAUGUGAAAUAGGGUCUGAUUGUGAUGAGCAUGCUUCCUGCAUGAAUACCAAUGGAUCUUACAUAUGUACUUGUAUCCCUCCAUACCAUGGUGAUGGAAAGAAAUGUUUAGAGCCUGUAAAGUGUAAAGAUCCUGGAGAGAUCGAAAAUGGCAACUAUUCCGGAAACCAUUUUGGUGUUGGAAGCCAGCUGAUGUUUUCAUGCCAUGAAGGAUAUGAUUUGAUUGGUUUAGUGAAGGUGACAUGUUUAGAAUCUGGUGAAUGGGAUGAUGCCUUACCGUACUGCCAAGCUGUGUCUUGUGGGAAAGUACCUGCUCCAAACAAUGGCGAGAUUUUGGGCUCCAACUUUACAUUUGGUGAAAUUGUUACUUUCAGAUGCAAUGAAGGCUAUACAUUAAUUGGUAAUGAAGAAACAGUGUGUCUAGCUAAUCGUUCAUGGAGUCACGCGCUUCCUACUUGUGAAUCAGUCACAUGCUCCAAACCAAAAGAAAUAGAAAAUGGAAUCUUUUCAUUAAGUGGUUUAACAUUUAAUUCUACUGCAUCAUAUGCAUGCAAGACUGGAUACAGUUUGCAGGGUCCUGCAACUUUGAUUUGUGAAGCUUCAGGGAACUGGAGCAGUGAAGUUCCAUCCUGUGACCUUGUCUCUUGUGGUCCUCCUCCACUUGUCAGAGAUGCAGAUGCCACUGGGGAUAAUUACACAUAUUCAAAUAUAAUAACAUACAAGUGCAAAGAAGGCUACACAUUGGUUGGUCCAGAUACUAUAAACUGUUCGUCUUCUGGGAAAUGGAGUGAACACAUUCCGCAGUGCAUGGCUGUCUCUUGCGAUGAACCCCCAAAUGUAGACUAUGCCUCCUCACACAGCAGUCACCGUCUGUUUGGAGACACUGCAUAUUAUUAUUGCUCUGAUGGGUAUAGUAUGGUUGAUAAUGCACAAAUGUUGUGUAAUACAGAGGGGAAUUGGGUACCCCCUGAUGGUAAAGAAAUUCCCAACUGUAUAGCUGAUUUCUGCGAGAGGCCAUCUUCAGUUGCACACAGCAUCUUGGAAUCUGUUAACAAAGCAAAAUUUGUUUCUGGUUCAACGGUAAGCUUUAAGUGCAUGGAAGGAUUUGUCCUGAAUACAACUGCAAGAAUUGAAUGUGUCCGUGGAGGACAGUGGAUCCCUUCAUCUUUAACUAUCCAGUGCAUACCAGUUCGCUGUGGAGAACCACCUAGCAUCAAAAAUGGCUAUGUGAGUGGAACCAACUAUAGCUUUGGUUCUGUGGUGGCUUACAGCUGUGACAAAGGCUACUAUAUUAAGGGAGAGAAAAAAAGGACAUGUUUGGCAUCAGGUGAAUGGAGUGGCCGCUUGCCAGCCUGUCAUCCAGGUUCUUGUGACGAUCCACCUAAACUUGAAAAUGGAUUUGUAAAGAGUAAAACUGGACUUUUGUAUGAAAGCAAGGUUAUUUACGCCUGUAACCCUGGAUACAAGCUAGUUGGAAGUAAUGUGAGGGUAUGUCAGUUGAAUCGUCAUUGGUACAGUGAGUCACCACCAACAUGUGUCCUGCUUACUUGUGAGAAGCCUCCUCCAGUUAAAUAUGGUUCCAUGAAAGGAGAGAAUUUUGAAGUUGGCUCAAAAGUUGAAUUUUUUUGUGAGGAUGGCUAUGAACUCUCUGGUGAUUUAAGUUGGACAUGUCAAAAAAAUGGAGAGUGGGACAAAAAGCAAACACCAACUUGUAUGCCAUCUAAAUGUCAGGAUCCACCACUGUAUGAAAACCAUCUAGUUCUGAAAGAAGUACCAAAUGAAGUUGGAAUUGUAAGAUUUUCUUGUAAAGAAGGACAUGUACUGGAAGGCUCUUCAGUGUUAAAAUGCUUGCCUUCACAGCAAUGGAAUGAUUCUUUCCCACUUUGCAAGCUUGUUUUCUGUUCUUCACCCCCUGAACUUGCCUAUGGAGAACCAAUUUCUGUCCCUUCUCUUUAUUUUGGUAGUACAGUAAAAUACACGUGUGUAGAUGGAUUUCUGCUAAAAGGAGAGUCUGUAAUUACCUGCAAUGCUUCUGGUAUGUGGAGUCCAGAUUUUCCAAACUGCAGUCCAAUAGAGUGUCCACAACCUGAAGAAAUUUUGAAUGGGAUUGUAGAUGUUCAAGGACUUACCUUUCUUAGUGCAGCUCUUUACACUUGUAAGCCUGGGUAUGAAUUAAUUGGAAACUCAACAUUAAUUUGUGGAGCUGAUGGUUAUUGGCAAGGUGGUAAGCCAAUAUGUAAGCCCAUUAAGUGUUCAAAGGCCAAAGAAAUACUGAAUGGGAAAUUUUCUUUCCAAAGUCUUAAUUAUGGACAAACAAUUACCUAUACAUGCAACAGAGGAUUUCGACUUGAAGGACAAAAUGUACUAACCUGUUUGGAAACAGGAGAAUGGAAUUCCAACCCACCAAUCUGCAAGGAGAUAACUUGUGAUCCCCCUCAGGGAAUUGACAAUGGUUUUGUAGAAGGGGCUGAUUACAGUUACGGAGCAAUGAUUAUUUUUAGUUGCAUGCCAGGAUUCCAAUUGGUUGGUCUUGCCAUGCAAACAUGUGAAGAAUCUGGCUGGUCCAGUUCUACUCCUGUGUGUCUGCAUACAGAUUGUGGACUGCCUCCCCAUAUUGAUUUUGGACAAUACACUAUUGUUACAUUUGAAGAAAAAAUAUUAACUGAUGAUGAAUUAAAACACAGUAUAUUUGGUGUAUCAAAUAUAAUUUUAUCUCCAACCACAACAUCUAAUACCUUAAAGACUGAGAAUCAUUCUGAAAAUUCCCAGUUAUCAGAAUAUUUGUAUGGAACUAAUGUUAUAUAUUCUUGUAACAAUGGCUAUGAAAUCUUAGGCAUGUCGGUACUAACUUGCAAAGAGGAUGGGACAUGGAAUGGUAGUGCUCCGGCAUGUGCACCUAUAGAAUGCAGUAUACCUACGGAUCCUGAGAAUGGUGUGAUGCAUUAUACUGAUAAUACAAUAGGUAGUUCUGUUCAUUUUGAAUGUAAACCAGGAUAUGAACUCAACGGUUCUGAUAAAAGUAUUUGCUUAGCAAAUAAACAAUGGAACAAUGAAAUACCAAAAUGUGUUAUUAUAUCAUGCAAAACACCAAACAAAAUUCUGCAUGGAUACACAGAAGUCUCAAAUUACACAUACAUGAGUGUUAUACAUUACAAAUGUGAUAAAGGUUACCAGAUAUAUGGCUUGUCCCAAAGAACAUGUCAAAUAAGUAAGCAGUGGGAUGGGGAAGAACCUAUUUGUGUUCCAGUUUCUUGUGGGCAGCCUCCAAUGGUAAUAAAUGGUAAAGUGAUAGGAAAUGAAUAUACUUUUAGUAAAACCAUUGAGUAUGUAUGUAAUGAAGGUUACAGGCUCUAUGGAGAAGAAAUUAGAACAUGCCUUGAAAAUGGAAAUUGGAGUGGUACAACACCAUCUUGCCUAGCAAUUACAUGCAAAAUCUCUACCACUGUCAAUAAUGGAGAAGUCACUGGAACAGAAUGUGGAGUUGGCAAAGAAAUACUUUAUAGAUGCAAUCAUGGCUAUAAAAUGCAAGGCACUCCAAAAUUAACUUGUCUUAAUGAUGGCACAUGGAAUAGCAAUGCUCCUCUUUGUGAACCAAUUCAUUGUGAACCCCCUGAAGAUAUUUCCAAUGGAUAUCUAAACAGCUCCAAUUUCAAAUAUAACGAGUACAUUCAUUAUGUAUGCUUUCCAGGUUAUGAAAUGCAUGGAAGUUCAACAAGGCAAUGCUUAGCCAAUGGUGCUUGGAGUGGAAGUCCUCCCACAUGUCUGCCUUGUGAGUGUCCCACACCUGUUGUUCAGAAUGGAAUUAUGAGUGGGGAUGAUUUCACCUGUGGGCAUUCGGUCAGUAUUAAAUGCCGUGAAGGUUUUAAACUCCUUGGUUCCUCUGAGUUAACAUGUCAGUCUGCUGGAAAAUGGAGCUCUGGGUUUCCUCAUUGUGGAAAGGUUCCAUGUGGCCCUCCGCCAUCUAUCCCAAAUGCCUUUAUUAAUGGGAGUAGUUCAACAGAUGAAGAUGCUAUCAGAUAUAACUGUGUUGCUGGCUAUAUUAUGCAAGGAAAAUCAGAGUUAUUGUGUACUAAAGAAGGAGUAUGGAGUAAACCCUAUCCAAACUGCCAAUUACUUUCUUGUGGAUUACCGCCCAGUGUUUUAAAUGCUGUCUUAAUAGCUGAUUCCUAUACUUAUGGAAGCACUGCCAAUUAUAGAUGUCAAGAUGGAUAUGUGAUGCAUCAAGAUGUUUCUAGCAAAACUUGUUUGGAAGAUGGAUCUUGGUCUCCUGGGGAUAUUGUUUGUGUGCCUAAAAAAUGUUUAUUGCAAUCCACUCUAAUACAAAUAAAGAAUGAUGAAACAGAAUAUGAUAUCAAUAAAACAAUAACAAUUGUGUGUAAAGAAGGUUAUACAUUAACUGGACCAAGCACUUCAACAUGUAUGAAUGAUGGUAACUGGAUUCCUGAAGUUAACAACAACAUUUGCACUCCUGUAUCUUGUGGUGAACCAGCUGCUCCAGAACAUGGGAUAGUACUUGGGACAAGAUAUCUCUUCAAAGAUUCAGUUUUGUAUCAGUGCAAUGCUGGAUUUGAAAUACAUGGUCCAACUGAAAGAGUUUGCCAGAUCAAUGGACUGUGGAGUGAUGUGGAGCCUCAGUGCAAAAAAAUUUCCUGCCACCCACCGGAACCUCUAGAAAAUGGAGUCAUUCAUGGGGCAGGAUAUCUAUUUGAAGAUGAGCUUCACUACAGCUGUAAUCAUGGUUUUGAACUAAAUGGCCCAAGCCGCAGAAUUUGCCAUAUAGAUAAACAGUGGAUUCCACCUCCUCCAACGUGUGUGAGUGUAACUUGUGAUUCUCUGCCGUAUAUAGAAAAUGCGGUCUAUACAUCAACAGGAAACACAUAUACACAUAACAUCACUUUUACUUGCAACUUUGGCUAUCAUCUUGUUGGCCCACCGCAUGUAAGGUGCCUCGUUAAUGGAACAUGGAGUAAGCCUUUGCCACAAUGUAAAGAGACAAGAUGUGAAGUUCCCCAACAACCAGAAAAUGGACAUGCUGAGUAUGAAAAUGUGACGGUUGGAAGCACUGUGAGAUAUCAGUGUCAGAAUGGCUAUACCCUCGAGGGGGAAGAUUUAGCAGAAUGUACAACAAAUGGAACAUGGAGCCACCCUGUACCUAUCUGCAAAGCAAAUCCAUGUCCCGUGCCAUUUGUAAUCCCAGAAAAUGCUAUCCUGACAGAAACUGAUUUUUAUGUUGGUCAAAAAGUGUCUAUCAAAUGUCGAAAGGGCUAUCAACUCCAAGGCCAGGCUGUCAUAACAUGCAAUGCUGACGAAACAUGGACAGAUGCGAAUGUGAAAUGUGAAAAAAUAUCUUGUGGCCCUCCGCAUACAAUACAAAAUGGCAUUCUCCGAGGGAUGUACCAUCAGUUUGGUGACGUUGUGACAUAUUCAUGCUACAGUGGAUACAUGUUACUGGGAUCAUUUAGGAGUGUUUGUUUAGAAAACGGAACAUGGACUGCACCACCAUCCUGUAAAGCUGUGUGUAGAUUUCCCUGUCAGAAUGGCGGUGUUUGCGAAAGGCCUAAUGCAUGUUCUUGUCCAAAAGGAUGGAUGGGCCGCCUCUGUGAAGAACCAAUAUGUCCCUUGCCCUGUCUGAAUGGAGGACGGUGCACGGCUCCUUUCAGAUGUGAAUGUCCAAAUGGGUGGACUGGUUCUCGCUGUCAUAUUGCUGUGUGCCAGUCCCCUUGCUUAAAUGGAGGAAUAUGUGUACGACCAAACAGAUGCCAGUGCCCUCCAAGCUGGUCAGGACCAGACUGUUCCAGAAAAAGGAAGCAUGCAUUUUAUCCUUUCAGCAGGAAAUGAAUUUGCCUGCCGAAAAAAGAAGCUAUUUCAUUCUGAUUAUCAUCCAGGAUGCAUUUUAAUUCAAAUUGAGUGAUAUAAUGUGAUAUAUUUUCUUAUGCUUCAGCAUUUUUAAACAAAUCAUCUGUAUUUUCAUAUGCAAAUGUACAUUAAUUGUAUGCUGCUGAAGAGGGAAUAAUAAUUGGAUUAUGAAAACUGUACAUAUUUUUAACACUAAAUACUAUGUUUGUUUAAAUAUAUUCUACUGCCUAAUUAAAUUGUACUGCAUAGUCUUUUAGGGGCAGUGUUCACAGAAAUCACAAAGUUCCCAUAAUGAAUGCAUCUGAUCUGUCCACAAGUAGGUUAAUAAAGUGUUUUUUGUUUUUUUUUCUGGAAACACAGAAGCAAUUCAGUAUGUUUACAUCUGUCUCAGAUGUUUAGGAUGUUGUUACACUCAUGCAAAAUAAGAGUGUUAUUUGCAUUUUAUAAUAAAAAAAAACACAGAACUACUUUGUUUGUAAUAGUGUGUUCUCAGAAGGAAUUAUACUGAGCAAUUAUUAGGCUGAUGGCAUAUAAGGCAUAUUCUCCAGGGGCAGAAGCACCCGAAUCUGUCAUUUCUGAUGACAGGCGAUUUCAAUUAAAGCCAAUGACAGAUGGCAUGGGCAUUUUCAGGUGCUUUUCUACCUGGAGAAUACACCGUGUGUGCCAUAAGUGUUAGAAAAUGAAGGUUGCUUCCAGCAAUGUGUUCAAAUGUCACUGCAUGCUUUGUAAAGACAAUCAAGUAUUGUACCAAAGUUGGAUAGCACAGUUUCAGAGUCCAAAAAUAACAGAAUAUGCUAGUAAACUUACAGCUUUCAGACAUAUGAAAUAAACAUAAAUAUGCAAACCGGAGGCUCUAUGGUCAGUAUAUUGUAUGACAAUGUUUGUCUAACAUUUUAGACCAUAAAUAAUGGAUCCAUCCUUAUUUCAUUAGAAAUAUUUACAGUACAGGCACAUUAUACUGGGAUCAAAUCACACUGUAAAUUUUACUUUAUAAAAGCAACAAUUUAAAUAACUUAUUAAGCAAUUAUAUAACACCUUCUUUAAAUACUGCAUACUGGAAAUAAAUUAUAUAGCGGACAAACAAAACACUCACAAAAAUAACAUUCAAACCUUUAUGGCUAAAGCACGCCAGGCGUGUCAUAAACCUUCCUAUCCCCUUGGCUGACACUGCUAGAGCAGGUUGUUUUGGCAUUUAAAACACUUUAAUGAGUAUUUUCAGGCUGCAACUGUUUGUAGUGGACUCAUGUCACUAGAUUAAAUGCCCUGCAUGCAUCAGAAUUAAACACUAGAAAGCCCCGUACACUUGUUUAGCUGUGUGAAUUAAUUCUGAGUCUGUCAUUAUAAAUUGUACAGCAUUGUUGUAUUUUGUCAGGUUGUCUGUGUGUAGGAUAGGGGUUAACUUACCUGAAGCUUUCUCCCAAUCAGGUUCUAGAAGAGGCUUUAUAUUGACCCUACCCCAUUUGCUUGUUGCCUUAACAAACAGGUUGAGCAGCGGGUUUUUUGGACUUUCUGUUGGGGUGUUCCAUAGUGUCUUAGUUACUGAAAUAUGGACUGGACACCGAUCAGCAACAAGUUUCAAAGAAACAGAACUGUUGCAAAAAUGGUUAAAAUAAAAUGUAAACUGGCCUCCUACAUAACAAUAAAGAAUUAACAUGA